UGAUUGAAUCGGUCGGCCAUUGAAACACUCUCACGAAGAAUAGGGCCGAAGACACCGCCUCUGACACGAUGUAUGACGAAGAGGAGGGGUUGGGAGAGGAGGAGACGAUGGAGAUCACGUCGGACGUGUGGCAGGAAGCAUGUUGGAUUGUCAUCAGCUCCUACUUCGACGAGAAGGGUCUCGUCCGCCAACAGUUGGACUCUUUCGAUGAGUUCAUCCAAAUGUCUGUUCAGCGCAUUGUCGAGGACUCGUCCGCCAUUGAACUCCAGGCUGAGGCACAGCACGCGUCGGGAGAGGUGGAGAACCCGCACCGCUAUGUCCUGAAGUUUGAACAAAUCUAUUUGUCUAAACCCACGCAUUGGGAGAAAGACGGAGCGCCGACACCAAUGAUGCCAAACGAGGCCCGACUCCGCAAUCUCACGUAUUCGGCGCCACUCUAUGUCGAUAUCACCAAAACCAUCAUCAGAGAGGGCGAAGAGCCCAUCGAAACGCAACACCAGAAGACAUUUAUUGGCAAAAUCCCGAUUAUGUUGCGCUCGACUUACUGUCUGUUGAGUGGACUAACGGAUCGGGAUUUGACUGAAUUGAAUGAGUGUCCAUUAGAUCCGGGCGGCUAUUUCAUUGUCAACGGCUCCGAGAAGGUGCUGAUCGCUCAGGAAAAGAUGGCCACCAAUACUGUGUACGUCUUCUCGCUGAAGGACUCCAAGUAUGUCUACAAAGCCGAGUGCCGGUCCUGUAUUGAGCACUCGUCCCGACCGACGAGCACUCUGUGGGUGAAUAUGCUAUCGCGUGGAGCGCAGGGCGGGAAGAAGACGGCCAUCGGUCAGCGAAUCAUUGCUAUCAUUCCGUACAUCAAACAAGAGAUCCCAAUCAUGAUUGUGUUCCGAGCGCUGGGAUUCGUUGCCGACAGAGAUAUUCUCGAACACAUUAUCUACGACUUCGAAGACCCGGAAAUGAUGGAAAUGGUUAAGCCGUCGCUCGACGAGGCGUUUGUGGUUCAGGAGCAGAACGUGGCGCUCAACUUCAUCGGCGUUCGCGGCGCCCGACCGGGAGUU